UCUGUAUAAAGCAGCAGGUUUCUUGUUGACGUCCUCCUUAACUCUAAAGGCUUCUAAAGUUCAUGACAAACGUGCUUUGACUGCAAUGAACUUUCCAGACUACGAUGAUAAAACGGCGUUUCUGGGCGAAUGGGGACGUUUUCAAAAGACUGUAUUUACACUUCUGUGCUUAAGUGUUAUUCCUAAUGGCUUCAACGGUUUAUCGAUGGUUUUUUUGGGCGAUACACCCGCUCAUUAUUGCCUGAUACCCGCGGAUCUCAACAUCACGGAUGAAUGGAGGCAAGCGUCUGUCGCUUCAGACGGGGAUGCCGUAGAAUCUCGAGUCAGUAAAUGCUCAAGACACAGACUGGAUAUCAUACAAAACUAUUCGGACAGAGGAUUGAAUCCCUGGGUGGAUGUGAAUGUCUCCACUAUUCCCAGAGAAAACUGCUUAGACGGGUGGGAGUAUGACAGAAGCACGUACAUCUCCACGAUUGUUUCAGAGUGGGAUUUGGUGUGUUCAGAUGACUGGAAAGCUCCACUGACCACAUCAAUCUUUUUCUUGGGAGUUUUGAUGGGCUCUGUGAUCUCUGGACAGUUGUCUGACAGGUUUGGCAGGAAAAUUGUGUUCUUUGUUACCAUGGGGAUUCAGACAGCAUUUACCCUAAUUCAAGUCUUCUCUCCAUCUUGGUUGAUCUUCUGUUUGUUGUUUUUCAUCGUUGGAAUGGGACAAAUUUCUAACUAUGUGUCAGCAUUCGUUUUAGGAAUGGAGAUAUUGAGUGGAUCAGUUCGGGACAUCUUCUCCACUCUAGGUGUGUGCGUUUUCUUCUCAGUUGGGUAUAUGAUACUCCCAUUGACCGCAUACUUCCUACGAGACUGGAGAAUGCUACUUAUUGUUCUUACCAUUCCUGGUUUCUUCUACAUACCCCUUUGGUGGUUUAUUCCAGAGUCUCCGCGGUGGUUGCUGUCUCAAGGGAGGGUUAAAGAGGCUGAGGCCAUUCUGAGAAAGGCUGCUAAGAUGAAUGGAGUUCAGGCUCCUGAUGUCAUUUUCCCCCGGCUCCAGUCAAUGGAAAAUACUGGAAAAAUGCAGACCUUCAAUCUCUUUGUCCUGGUGAAGUCCACCAAUAUCCGCUGCAUUACUUUCCUGUUGUCCCUGGUCUGGUUUACUGUUUCCAUUGGAUACUGUGCUUUAUCUCUAAACACAUCCAAUCUACAUGGGAACAUCUAUUUAAAUAGUCUGUUAUCAGCAGUUGUGGAAGUUCCUGCUCUCAUCAUGGCCUGGCUGAUGUUUCGCUGCUGGCCGAGGCGUCUCUGCUUGUCUUCUACCCUUUUAUUAGGAGGACUCGUUCUUCUUAUUAUACACUUCAUACCAGAAGAUCUGAAUUCUGUUUCCAUUUCGUUGGUGAUGUUGGGAAAGUUUGGCCUGUCAGCAGCCUUUUCAAUCGCCUACCCUGCAAGUGCCGAGCUUUAUCCCACCGUUCUGAGGAGCUCUGCAUUAGGAGUCUGCUCAAUGGUAUCCAGGGUGGGCUCCAUUACUGCACCAUACUUCAUCUACUUAGGAAGCUACUACAGAUCUCUGCCUUACAUCUUAAUUGGCGGCCUAAAUGUUUUCUCUGGGUUGCUAUGUGUUCUCCUUCCAGAGAGUUUAGGAUGUCCUCUACCUGAGGCUAUCAGUCAUAUGCAGACAGUAGUUGGAUGUAAAAAGAGGCAUCCUCGUAGUUCAACACGUUUGUAGUUCAUCACAUAAAUAUGAGGAGGAAAGCAAAUCUUAAAACUCAAAGAACUUUUUAUAGAUUCUUAACAAUUUGACAUAUUUGACAUAUUGGAUUGAUCCUGCAGUGUUUAUCCUUUAAUAAACUCCACCAAUGAAUUCUA